CUUUCACUUCGCGGUGAGGUAACUUUUGGAGGACGGUCCCUGGGCGCUCAGUCACAAUCUGUCAGUCAGACACAGCCGCUCAUUCAGAGCCACAGCACGGCUGUGUGAUGAUGACUGUGUUGCUGCUCGGCUUCUCGUCAUCCGUAUGAGCUCCUCGUCCAUUCAUUUACAACAUUUUACUCCACUCCACGUUAGUCCAGGGACCACGGCCUACUGCCAGCGCGGGGACACGGCAGGACAGGACGGGGGCGGACAUGUCACCAUGAUGUGAAGAGUCUCCACCGAGAUCAGUCAUCAUGAAGAGGCGAACCGAUGAAGAGCUGACUGACUGACACACAGACCAGUCAGUGUCUGCAACAAUAGCCAGCUGGCCGGUCGACCGUCUGGCCAGACAGCCUGUGUUCCGGUGUGCAGCCGAGGAGCUGACGGUAAAUGAGAGGCCGCCACCAUGCCCCCAGGGAAGUAUGGGAUGCAGGAGGAAUGGGAGAAGGAGGGCGUCCAGGAGAUAGUGAUGGACUUCCUGUUGCCGACUGGGAUCUUCCUCAAAUUCCCUGUGUCUCGGAACGACACCAUCAAGAACAUCAAAAAAAUGGUUUGGAGAAAUGCGAGAAGCGAGGCCCUCUUCAGUGCCCUGGGAGAUCCUGACGCAUACGUCUUCACCUGCAUCAACCAGACGGCAGAGCGUGAGGAACUGGAGGAGGAAUCGAGGCGGAUCAGUGAUGUGCAGCCUUUCAUGUGUGUUCUGAGGCUGGUGGCCAGAGAGGGCGACCGAGUGGAGAAACUCACCAACGCACAAAUCAGCCUGCUGAUCGGCAAAGGCCUUCAUGAGUUUGAGGCCCAGAAAAACCAUGAAGUGAAUGAGUUUCGGCUAAAGAUGAGAACAUUUUGCGAGGAUAAGGCUCUGGAGCAGCAGAGGUUGCCAUGGCAGCAGUGGAUGGAGUACAGUUUUCCCACUGACCUGGAGCCGUGCGGCUCACCUCCACAAAAGUCCAAAAACAUCAAGAAGAUUUUCAUCAUCGUCAAGUUUGAGGCGUGCGAUGAAAGCUUCAUGCUGCAGCAGAAUCCUCAGGACAACCCUGGGGCUCUGAUACGGAGCGCUCUGAAGAAGAAGGCCACCGUCUUCCGCUCAAUGCGGCAGGAGCCCGAGGAUUACACUUUACAGGUCAACGGGAGGUGGGAGUUCAUUUAUGGGAAACAUCCACUGUGUCAGUUCAAGUACAUUUUCUCAUGUUUGACAAAUGGCCAGAACCCUCAUCUAAUCAUGGUGCACCGCUCCACCAUCAGCAAGUACCAGGAGGAACAGGGUAGGAUGUGCAGCCAGGUGUUCAAGAGUCACUCCUCAUCCAGACCUCCUCCACUGCCUCUGAAGAAGUGCACGUCCUCUCUGUGGUCCAUCAAUGAGCCAUUCUGCGUUCAGCUGCUGCAGGGCAUCCGUGUCAACGCAGAUGAGGGAAUGAAGCUCGUAGUACAAGCGGGUCUGUUCCAUGGCAGCGAACUGCUGUGUAAGAUAGUGACCAGUUCCGAGGUGACGGUUUGUUCUGAGCCCCUCUGGGAUCAGAAACUGAACUUUGACAUAAACGUGGCUGACCUGCCUCGAAUGAGCCGUCUUUGUUUCGCACUCUACGCCGUCAUUGAGAAAAACAAGAAACCCCGGGGCACAAAAAAGAAGAACAAGAAGGCGGACUGCCCCAUCGCCUGGGUGAACACCAUGGUGUUUGACUAUAAGGACCAGCUCAAGACUGGAGAAGUCAUCUUGUCCAUGUGGCCAUCUGUUCCUGGUACUGUUCACCAUCUCCUNNNCCCAAUGGGAACAGUUGAGAAAAACCCUAAUUUAGACAGCGCUGCAGGACUUCUUAUUCGUUUCCCCAAUAUCCGGCCACACCCUCUUUAUUACCCAGCGCUGGACAAGAUCAGUGAGGUUGAAACAAAUGGUGAUAUAGCUCAUGUCACCAAAGAAGAGCACAUGAAACUGAAGGAGAUCAUGGACAACAAAAACUACACAGAGUUCUUUGAGGACGAGAAGGAACUGCUGUGGAAGCUCCGUGCCGAGGUUCGCAACCAUUAUCCAGAGAGUUUGUCCAAGCUGCUCCAAAUCACCAAGUGGAAUAAACGAGAAGAUGUAGUUCAGAUGGUGAGUCUGCUGAGGAACUGGCCAGACCUCCCUGCCAUCCAGGCACUAGAACUCCUGGACUACAGUUUUCCUGAGCCUGCCGUUCGUUACUUCACUAUCAGAUGCCUCCGAAUGCUCAGUGACGAUGAGCUGCUGCAGUAUCUAAUUCAACUGGUCCAGGUCUUGAAGUACGAGUCCUACCUGGACUGUGACCUCACCACUUUCCUACUUGAGAGAGCGCUGUCUAACAAGAGGAUAGGACACUUUCUGUUUUGGCAUCUGAAGUCAGAGAUGCAUGUGCCAUCUGUGACUCUGCGGUUUGGCCUAAUUUUGGAAGCCUACUGCAGGGGAAACAUCCACCACAUAAAACUCUUGUCCAAACAGAACGAGGCUCUGGGUAAAAUGAAGGCCCUGAGUGACUUUGUCAAAUCAGGUUCUCAGAAGUUGACAGCAGAGGACCUGAAGAUGUGUAUCAGACAAGAGUCCUACCUGGAGGCUCUGUCCGACAUUCUGUCACCACUCAACCCCAGCAUCAUCCUGACUGAGAUCUGUGCAGACAAGUGCAGAUUCAUGGACUCCAAAAUGAAGCCUCUGUGGUUGAUGUACAAGAACAACUUAUCUCAAGGAGACAUGGUGGGAAUCAUCUUCAAGAAUGGAGAUGAUCUGCGACAAGACAUGUUGACCCUCCAGAUGAUCCAGCUCAUGGAGACAUUGUGGAAGAAAGAAGGUCUUGACCUCAGGAUGAUCCCAUACGGCUGCCUGUCUACUGGAAACAAGAUGGGGCUCAUUGAAGUGGUGAAGAACUCUGACACCAUUGCUAAUAUUCAGCGGAACAACAGCAACAGUGCCGCCACUGCUGCCUUCAACAAGGACGCUCUGCUCAACUGGCUCAAGUCUAAGAAUCCUGAAGACAAACUUGAUCAAGCAAUAGAAGAGUUCACGCUGUCCUGUGCUGGCUACUGUGUAGCUACUUAUGUGUUGGGCAUCGGAGAUCGGCACAACGACAACAUCAUGAUCAGGGAGACAGGACAGCUGUUUCACAUUGACUUUGGACAUUUCCUGGGCAACUUUAAACGGAAGCUUGGGAUCAACAGGGAGCGUGUGCCUUUCAUCCUGACUUAUGACUUUGUCCAUGUGAUCCAGGAGGGCCGGACAAACAACAGCGAGAAGUUUGAGAGAUUCAGGGAGUACUGUGAGCGAGCCUACAAGAUCCUAUGUAGGAACGGCACACUGUUUGUGAACCUCUUUGCUAUGAUGAAAGCAGCAGGACUGCCUGAGCUCACCUCCUUUAAAGACAUCCAGUAUCUGAAGGAUUCUUUAGCUCUGGGCAAAACAGAGGAAGAGGCUCUGAAGAAUUUCAAAGUAAAGUUUAAUGAAGCACUGAGAGAAAGCUGGAAGACCAAGGUCAACUGGAUGAUGCACUCUUUGGCCAAAGAUAAUAGACCGUGAAAACCACUCAUCGCCUGAGGACCAGCCACUGAGUUUUGAGAAAAUACCUAUGGAGAUAAAAGGGAAGAAAUGUGAAACUUUACUCAUAGACAUUCAGCAUUUGUUUACAUCACUCUGAUCGAAUUGUGCUGUAAAUAGACUCAGUGGCGACCUCUACUGUAAAGAGUAUGGAGCAUCAACUCACCGCAGGUAUUUUCACAGUGGAAUGCCUUUGCUCUGGAGGCCUUACAUGAAGACAGACUGUGAUAUUGAUUUGCUAUUUUAUUGAAAAUGUUACUUGAAACCAUCUGCUAAUGCAAAGAUAUCACAGUCACAGGAGCAGAGGGAAAACCCGGAUGUUAAUCUCACUGACUGGUUGUCGGAAUGGAGAGCAAAAAGAGAUGAUAGUAAUAAUAAUAAUUAUGAUUCAGGAAUUUAUCUGUCAGUCACAGAGAACAAUGACAUGCUGGGAGUUUUACCUCGUCUCUUUGAUACAAUGUGAAGGCCAUGUUGUUUUCUCUUUAAUUUAAAUCUUCUUUAUGCAAUUGUUCUGUUUUUUUGUUUUGUAUUUAUUUUAAUUUGGUACAUUUAAAGUACCUGUACAAAGACACAAAGAAUAUUUCAAAAAUAUAUGUUGUCUUCUACUGCUGUGUAACAUGUUGCCUUGGAGUAUAGUGUGUUGCCUUUAAUUACCAGUAGACAUGGAUUAGAUUAAAAUUUAUUUCUUAGGCUACUGAUUAAAAAAAAAAAAAAACAACGAAAAUAUCCUAUGUUUGAGGCCACCCAGCAGACCUACAAAAUGUGAUCAUUUGGGUUUUUUCUUGUAAAAUAGAAAAAAUCUUGUUUAAAUUAUGUUUGUCUUCUAUCAGCACUAAGUGAGUGCAACUAAGACAACAGACUGGAAGCAAAGGGAAAUCAUUUAAUUUGAUUUUGUAUGAAGGAACCACUUCGACAAAACUGCAGUUUUGAUUGUGCACAGGGCCCAGCUUUUUUCAGUGUAAACGCAAAACAAAUGCUUUUUGCUGCUGUUGUAAUGUUAAUCCUUUAGGUUUAGUCACAUUUAAAAGAAAUGUUACUUUACUUUUCAUUUUAUUAUCAUUAAGCUCAUUUUAGAGAUAAUUUAUAUUUGCUUUUGACCUGAUAAAGCCAUAGAUGUACCACAGAAGCCCAGCUGGGCAUUUUAAACCUAAGUUUUACAAAGGUUAGCUAUUUAAAAUGAUCUAAUUUAUUGUUAAUUUAUUGUUAUGAGAUGAGAUUUCACACUUACUCCAACCCUGUUUUCUUAAUGAUGUUGUCAGCAGAUCCUCCCUAUUCUUAGGUGUAGAUGUUAAUACAGAAGCUGUGUCAGGUGAGUGAAACUCUGGACACCAGCUUAGUACAAUGCCAAAUAAACAUGUCAACACGUGAAAGCUAUUGACAAUGAGUUCCAUUUCUUUCAAAAUGUGUUCCUUUUCAUAUGAAGCCCAGGAAGGUGACAAUCUGAGCCACAGUGGUUUUGUACUGCCUUUCAUGAUGCAGUAUGUUUGCUUGUGUGUGUAAAUGUGUCUGCUUUUGUAAGAAUUUGUUUUCUUAUUUUUAUUCAUGUUUUGUAGUUUCCACCGUAAUUUCGGACUGAUGUGUGCAGCUCAUGAAGAGAAUUUGGUGUUUUUGGUGUGAAACAGGAAAAUUGCAAAACUUUUUUUGCUCCUUCCAGGAGGACUGUAAGUCCAAUUAAGAUUGCAUUAUUCGGUUGACUUUACAUGCCAUUUACCCAGCUCUCUGUCCUGCUGAUCAGGAUCACUUGAAUGUAAAAUAAUGCCUUUUUUAACAGUUAAAACAAACAUGAUUGUUUUUAUUUAUGUUCUGUACACUGGACAGCAGCAUUAGGUGUGGAUUAAACACCUUAAAAUAAAGGAGAAAUUCACUGUGGAAUACUGUAGACUUUACAUUUGAGUCACCACUUCAGACUUAGUUACAUGCUUCAGGCCUGAAGGAGUGGAGGAAAGCAGUCAAUAGUGUACAUUUGCAAAUUGUAACAUAAAGUGCUUUUGCCUUUUAAUUGUUUUAUUGAAUGUAAUGCUUUGUUUAUUCUUCAAGGCGCUGGCCUAACUUAAUUAUGUGCAGCUAAAACAAACAUUUGUCUCUUUUAUAUUCAUGUAUUCUUCUUUGCUUCUAAUGCUGCUGGAGAGAUGUAUUCAAUAAACAAUUUGCAACAACA